AUGCUUCGCACAAUAUCACGACGAGUUCCGCGCCAGCUACCUCAGCUCCCUCACGCCACCGCGCCAUCUCGCCUGGCCCUGCGUGCCUUCACAUGCGGAGACAAGGCCGGUGCUGCUGAAGAUGCUCUAUACGAACAACAGGUCCGCGAUGUGCAGGAAUGGUGGAACUCUCCUCGUUACGAGGGUAUCAAGCGGCCCUACACGGCCGAGGAUGUGGUGAGCAAGCGUGGAUCGCUGCAGCAAACAUACCCGAGCUCCCUGAUGGCUCGCAAGUUGUUCAAUCUGUUGAACGAGCGCGCCGCGGCGGGCGAACCGGUGCAUACAAUGGGCGCCAUUGACCCUGUUCAAAUGACCCAGCAGGCUCCUAAUCAAGAGAUCCUCUAUAUCUCCGGCUGGGCUUGCUCCUCCCUCCUCACUUCCACUAACGAGGUCUCCCCCGACUUCGGCGAUUACCCCUACAACACCGUACCGAACCAGGUCCAACGAUUAUUCAAGGCGCAGUCAAUGCACGAUCGGAAGCAAUGGGAUACCCGACGAAAGCUCAGUGCCGAACAGCGCAAGGACACUCCCUAUGUGGAUUAUAUGCGACCGAUUGUCGCAGACGGUGAUACCGGGCACGGUGGUCUAUCCGCUGUUCUCAAGCUCGCCAAACUCUUUGCCGAGAACGGUGCAGCAGCUGUUCACUUCGAGGACCAAAUGCACGGUGGAAAGAAGUGUGGUCAUCUCGCGGGCAAGGUCCUUGUUCCGAUCGGCGAACACAUUAACCGCCUCACCGCUGCUCGCUUCCAGUGGGACAUGAUGGGAACUGAGAACUUGGUCAUCGCUCGUACCGACUCCGAGAGUGGUCGCUUGAUCAGUAGCGCAAUUGAUGUGCGCGACCACGAAUUCAUCCUCGGCGUCGCGGAGGAGCUGGAACCCCUGGCGGAGACCCUGCAGGCGAUGGAACGUGAGGGCGCCUCGCCAGCUGAUAUCGAUGCGUUUGAGCUUGCUUGGGUCAAGAAGCACAAGCUUGUGACUCUUGACGAGGCCGUCGAUGCCCAUCUCGAGGCCGAAGGUGCCCCCCAAUCCUCCCGAGACGCCUACAAGAGCUAUGUCCAGAAGAACCCCGAUCUCUCGUUCUCCCGCCGUCGUGCUCUCGCCAAUGACUACUCCAAGACCCCGGUUGUAUGGUCUUGCGACAGCCCACGAACCCGCGAAGGAUUCUACCACUACAAUGCCGGAUUCCCCGCCGCGACUAAGCGCGCCAAGGAGUUCGCUCCCUUCGCCGAUCUACUCUGGGUCGAGACUGGCGACCCCGACGUUGCAAAGGCCGGCUCGCUUGCCGGAGAAGUGCGCGCCGCGUACCCGGGCAAGAAGCUCGUAUACAACCUUAGCCCAUCGUUCAACUGGAUGGGCCAGGGAUUCACUGAAGAAACCCUGAAGUCAUUUAUCUGGGACCUUGCCAAGCACGGCUUCGUUCUGCAAUUGAUCUCGCUCGCCGGUUUGCACACCAAUGCGACCAUCACCACUGAGCUGUCCCGCGCGUUCAAGGAGGAGGGUAUGCUGGCAUACGUCCGUCUAGUUCAAGCGCGUGAGAAGGAGCUCGGCGUCGAUGUUCUCACUCACCAAAAGUGGAGCGGUGCCCCUUACAUGGAUGGUAUCCUGGGUGCUAUCCAGAGUGGAAGCAGCAGCAGCAAGAGUAUGGGUGAGGGUAACACUGAGAAGGGUUUCUAA